AUGAGAGGUGGCAUGAGGAGAGUUGGUGGUGUGUUGUCUUUGCUUUGUUUUCAUUUUCUGUUAGUGAGUGUGAGUGUAGUUGCAGGAGAUGAUGACGUGAAAUUGAAACGUGAUGUGGAUGAGAAGAAUUUUUUCCUAGGUUUUGGGAAGGGAGGUGGUUUUGGUGUGGGUGCGGAUGGUGCUGGCGGUGGAUUUGGAGGCGGAGGCGGUGGAGCAGGGGGUGGUGGGUUUGGGAAGGGAGGGGGCUUUGGUGUUGGGAUAGGCUAUGGUGGUGGAAUUGGUGGUGGAGGUGGCGCUGGCGGUGGGGGUGGAGCUGGUGGUGGCAUUGGAAAGGGUGGAGGCAUUGGAGGUGGUGGGGGUGCUGGAGGUGACAGCAGUGCUGGUGGUGGUGGCAUUGGAAAAGGAGGUGGAAUUGGUGGGGGUGGCGGAGCUGGUGGUGAUUGUGGCAGCAUUGGAAAGGGAGGUGGAAUGGAUGGUGGAGGUGGAGCUAGUGGUGGUGAUACUGGUGGAGGCAUUGGAAAGGGUGGGGGCGUUGGUGGAGGCGGCGGAGCUGGUGAUGGUGGAAUCGGUGGAGGUAUUGGAAAGGGUGGGGACAUUGGUGGCGCUAGCGGAGCUGGUGGUGGUGUUGGUGUUGGUUGGGGCAUUGGAAAGGGAGAUGGAAUUGGUGGUGGAGGUGGCGCUGACGGAGGCAUUGGAAAGGGUGGUGGUGAAGGUAUUGAAAAGGGUAGGGGCAUUGGAGGCGGUGGCGAGGGCGGGGCUGAUAGUGGUGCUGGUGGAGACAUUGGAAAGGGAGGUGGAUUUGGUGGUGGCGCUGGUGGUGGUGGAGGCAUUGGAAAGGGUUAUGGAAUCGGUGGAGGUAUUGGAAAGGGUGGAGACAUUGGUGGCGGAAUCGGUGGUGUUGCUGGUGGCGGCAUCGGAAAGGGGGAUGGCAUCGAUGGUGGUAUUGGUAAGGGUGGUGGAAUUGGCAAAGGAGGAGGUGGUGGUGGUGGAGGGGGAGGCGGAGGCUUUAGAGGGGGAGAUGCAUGUGGAGACUGUGGUGACAAUAUUGAUGGAGGUGGAGUUGGAAGUGCAGGUGGAGGGGGAGGUGUAGGUGGAAGUGGAGGCUUUGGUCAAGGUGGUGGCAUUUGA